AUGGAGAGAAGCGCCUGGCCUGAUGAGCCGCUGCUGCAGCAGCAACUGCAGCAGCAGCUGCAGCAGCAGCUGCGUCAACCUCCUGAACAAGACGCAGCAGCAGACGCGGCAGCAGCCUUAAAGAUCCGGGUGUCUGAACAGCUGCUGCGGCUGCUGCUGCAGCUUGAAAGAGAACCGAGGUUAUUUGCUUCUUCUUACCUGCCCAGUCAACAUCACCUACUGGAGCAGCAGCAGGAGGAACUACUGCAGCCGCUGCAACAGGAGGUUUUGCUGCUGCUGAUGCAGUGCAGCUCCCAGCGACCAGCAGCAGCAGCAGCAAUAACAGGACACGAGGUGGAGCAAACAGCAGCAGCAGCAGCAACAGCUGCAGCAGCAGGCAGUAACCUAACGGCACUGCUGCUCAAAGCCCACCAGUGUCUGGGGCAACUGCUAACUAAACGGCAGCAGCAACUGCUACUGCAGUCGCACCAACAGCAGCAGCAGCAGCAGGAGCAAGAGCAGCCGCAGCAUUUUGCUAUUAGUGUAACUCCAGACCCUUCCGCUGCAGCAGCAACUGAAGCAGCAGCAGCAAGGCCAGCAGAAAGCAGUAGCAGCAAUAGCAACAGCAACAGCGGCAGUAGUAGUAGCAGCAGCAGCAGCAGCACCUUGCUAACAAACGAGUUCGAAACAACUUCGCUCUGCUGUUUGCUGCAGCGGGUUCGGCCUCCAGGUGGAAGUAGUGAAUCUCUGCUAGAGACCCUACAAGGCAAUGGGUCGUCUAGCUCAGCAGCAGCAGCAACAACGACAGCAACAGCAGCAACUGGUGGUGCUGCUGCACCACCGGAAAAGCUGCUGCCCUUCGACAUCGUACUUCUUAUAGAGCCGCGCUGCUGGCAGCAGCAGCAACAACAGCAGCAGCAGGGUUUCUCGUCUGCAGCACAGAACAGCUUCUCGCUGCCUCCUGACCUAAUUCGCGUUGUGUCUGAAUCUGCAGAAGCAGAAGCUGCUGCUGAUGCAGCACCGACAGCAGCAGCAGAAGCAUCUGCAGCAGCACCAGCAGCAGAAGAAGCAACGGAAGCAACAGUCACGCAGUCACCAGCUCUCUCUCCCCGGGGAAAGCACAAGAAAAACAAGGCUUCAUCUGACCACCACCACCAGCAACAGCAUCACCAACAGCAGCAGCAGCAGCAGCAGCGGGGGUGUCUGGAGUUGCGGAUAGACUCUGAUUUGCUGCGCUUUUGCUGCCGAUCGCGCGGCCGCUUCGAUGCUUACCUGUUGGCCCUCUUAGCAUCCCUUAUUCUAGAUGGUUCAGAGUCCUUGCUGCAGAAGCAGCAGCAGCAACAACAGCAACAACAGCAGCAGGUGCUGCUGCGGUGUCUGGAGGAAGUACCCAAUGUUUUUCAGGUUCCUUCCUUUAUGUUGAGCAGCCGACAGAUGGCGAGGCGGCGCGGACAGCACGGCUUGAGGGUUUGGAAUGCGUGCGGUUUAACUCCUUUCUUUUGUUCCAACAAGUUGCGGUGGUUUACUGCUCUUCUUACCUCAUCCACGCGAGAAGCUGUCAAGGACACUUUGACGGACUUGGCGGGGGACGUGUGGCACAGCGCAUUUCUUCCUGAAGCCUCUUUGGAUAGCAGCAGCAGCAGCAGUUGCUGCUGCGGGGCUUCGUGUUGCUGCAACAGCAGCAGCAACAGCAGUAGCAGCGCGAGGCUGGAGCAGCUGCUGGUCUCCUUGCUCGGCAGCAGCGAGGAAGCAGUUCGCAUGGAAGCAGUCAAACUCCUCAAUGCCUUUUACGACAGGCAUGAUUGGCAAUUACGUCGUCCCCUGGAUCCUGUGAUUCGUGCUGUGGGAGAACGUUUUGUAAUAGAAGUAUUGAUCGAGGUGGACGACAGCAGCAGCAGCAACAGCAGCACUAAAUGUGGUUAUCCAGAGGAUAUAUUUUUAGUUCUUGUUGCUCCUUCUUUUAACCGCUCCUGCAAGACGGGGGUGUACUCUUACCAUCCGCUGCAGUGGGAGCAGCCAAUAGAAAGCAGAGAGCAGCAGCAGCAGCUGCAGGUACACCUGGAGAAUCAAAAAGAAGAAAUUCUUCUUCUUAGAAGAGCUGCCAGCUUCCGUGCAGCAGAUAGAACACCUGUAUUUGCUGCUGGUGUUGCUGCUGCACCACCAGCGGCUGCUCAUGCUGCGGCAUCAGCAGCAGCAGCUGCUGCUGCUGAUGCUGUUUCUACUACUGAUCCAACAGCAACAGCAGCAGCAGUCCCUCCCACAAAGCCCGCAAUACCGCAGCAGAAACGCAGCACUCUGUGGCUCGGCCGCGUCGACUUUGGAUAUUUCACGCGCUGCGGUUUUUACGAUUGGAGGAUUUGUAGGGCAAACGAGCAAGAAGGCACCUGGUCCGUUGUUGAGAGCGCCGGACGGCGGCAGGCAGCAGCAGCAGCAAGUGGUGUAGCAGCAUGCAGCAGCAGCGGCAAAGGGAGCCGCACAGCAGCAGAUGCAGCACAAGCCUUGAGGCACCGGCAGCAGCAGCACAGGCUCCAUCCUGGAGCCGUUGUAGACGAGUGUUAUCCUCUCCAGGGACGCGUCAUUGUAUUGCCUGAGGGGUACCACGAGCUUCAGCCCCACGAAAUUCUUGUUGAUCAGCACGACGCCCAGUGGCACGAAGAGACCGGCGCCUUAACCCAGCGCGGGUCAUUUGAAGGAGUUGCCAGCAGCGCUCGCUCCUUCAGCGAUUCUCGCAUUAAUUGUCUUUGCAUUAGUGGUGCUCAAGAACGCGACAUCGGCAUGCCUCUCUACACCCGCCUUGAGGAUGUUGCCUACGAGAACGCCGACGCGAGCCCGUUUGCUUCUCCGUGCCGCUCCGCCCCUUGCGCUUUGCUGGGUGGAACUCCGGGGUUUUUUGAAUUGGUGCAGGAAUGCCACCGAGAAGGUAUGAGGGUUGUUGUGGAUGUCUCAACUCGGGUCGCUGCUGCACACCCUCACCGCCACUACCUGCCGCUGAUGCUUCUCCACGAGGAUGCCGAGGGAAAGGCCAACUUCUUCUAUGGAGGCGAAAGCAGGGGAAUUAAACGUGGGGAGACAGCUCUGCUCAAUUACCGCAAGGUGGCGAGCUGGAACCGCUUCAUAUUGGACGUCCUCGCUUGGAUUAGGAAAUUCGGGAUUGACGGGGUAAAGCUGCUGGAUAGCUCUAGUGCCCCUGAAGUACUACUCGCCAAUGAAGCAGCGUUAAACCGCCGCGACUUUGACGGGCAAUCUGCGUACUCCCCAGAGGAGAUCAUUACAGGACAGGUUAUAGUGCCUGGGUCGCACAACAUGACGGGAUAUUGGAGUUUAGCAAAGUCCGCCCGUUUCUUCCCCAAUCCAUUCCUGGUCAAGCUAUGCCGGAGUGUGUGGGCAGAAAGCCCUAACUUUUUGUUGCUAGCGGAGGCCUCUGCUGUUGGAGGCGAGGGUUUAGGGAAACUCUCCUUGCAACGGGCAGACGCCACGGCAGCCCUCUUGUCUCGGAGCGGUUUGGUGCCUGUAGUCCAGCAUGUUGCGUCUUUAGUGCCUUCUUUGCUAAAUGGGCAAGUGUCCGUGGCUUCGCUAUUCAAGACGCUGGGCAAGCAGCACGCAGCAAUGCCGCCUGGAGGCACUUUGCUACAGGCAAGCAAGGAUUUAGGGUUUACGCUGUCGUGCGGGCCCGCCUCUCCCUUGCCUCUGCUGUCGUACAAGAAAGCGGCAUGGGUGUAUCAGGACCUUCUCUGCUUUCUCCCUGAUUCCUUCGUGACAGUUGCUGGAGAACUGGAGGGAAUGGUCUUCAGAAUGGGUGUUCCGAAUUUCUUUGAUCCGAAUGAGCGCUACCCAAGGAAACAGCGCCUAUCCGUGCAGCAGUACGUCCGCUGGUCCAAGCUAAAGCUUCUGGAACGUUUCCUUGGACCCAACGGCUUCGAGCGCAUUAACCAACUCCCUGAAAAGGAGACCGAAUUCCUGCAAACCCUCGGAGCAUCAGCCGCUCGUUUAUCGUCUUUAUCUACUCGUUAUAAGUUAUUAAGAGAACUUCGAAGGAGGGAAAAGUGUUUGCUGCGGGGGGCAUUAAUCCCCUUGGAAGUGCUGCACCCUAAUGGCCAACCCUUGAGCUGCCUAUACACCCGACAGCAGCGCAGACGCAACAAGAGGAGCAGCAGCAAACCCCCGCAGCAGCAGCAGCAACAGCAGCAACAGCAGCAGUAUCCGAGCCAGAACCAGCACCAGCAGCAGCAGCACCAGCAUCACCAGCAGCAACAGCAGCAGCAACAGCACCAUAGACACAGCCACAAACAUCAGCAGCAACAAUUGCAACAGCACCACAAGCACCAUCAGCAGCAGCAGGGUGCAGUCCGGUCUAAGAAGUCCCACAGGUCUUCGGAAACAGCAGCUGCAGCAGCAGCAGCGCCAAUUGCUGCUGCUGCUCCUGCACCAAGUAGCAGCAGACGUGUCAACAACAUUCUAAGUUUUUUUGCUUCCUCUUCCCAGUCGCGAGCUCGUCGCAGCCGCCGCCGCCGCCGCAGGAGCAGCAGCAGCAGCAGCAGCAACAGCAGCAGCUUCAGCAGCUCUCCUAUCGGUGCCAGCGACCCUUCUAGUAUGCCCACAGCUGUCUCUGUGUGUGGCAGCGAUGGCAGCAACUCGGAUUGGGACUCCUGCAGCACCAGCAGCGGCGGCAACGAGCUGCUGCAGCAACAGCAGCAGCAGCAACAGCAACAGCAGCAGCAGAGGGGAGCAGAAGGUCCAGUGGUCGCCUUUGCAAGAGUAGACCGCGAUUUGCUGCUCGAACAGGCAGGGUUCCUUUCUAAGAAAGUUUUUACUGCAAACAACCAAAGACUAGAUGAUCUGCUGCUGCUGCUGCCUCAGAAGCAGCAACAACAGCAGCCGCAGCAACACAUGCAGCAACAGCAGCAUCAACUGCUGCUGCAACAGGUACAACGGCAGCCGCAAGAUGUUAUGCUGCUGCAAGGACGUCAUGUGCUGUGUCUCUUUGUUUUAAACUUCUCCCCGCAAACUGUGUCCGAUAAGAGACUACUCCUGCAGCCACUCGCCCCUUUCUUCCAACGGCUGCCCCUAAGCGAACAGCGUUUCGUGCUGAGUUACUGUGACCUCAUGGGCUGCAGCUGCUCGCCAUUAUAUUCUGCCUUUGCAUCCAAUUUCCUGCUGCGCAAGAACGAGGCCAACAAGUCUUGCUGCGCAUGCCUCGCCAGCAGCAGCAGCAACAGCAGCAGCAGCGGGGAGUGGUGUCUUGGCAGUAACAUAUUACCUAACGUUAUGCCGCUGCAGGAGCUGCUAGAGCAACCCUUGUCUUUACCACCUUUGCUACCCUUUUCUUGUUUUGUUCGUGCCUUCUGUCUUAAUCCAAUGUGUGAUUUAAGGCCCCCUUUGCAAGCGCUGCUGCCAACAGGGCUGCUGCAGCACCAGCAGCAGCAACAGGAAGAUGCAACAGCAACAGCAGCAGUUCAAGCAGCCCACAGCUUCCAUAGAAAAGUCAACAACACUUUUGCUGCUGCACACCUCCGUGUGCUGCGUGUUAGGGGAGAGACACCUCCUUUCCUCUCCUCGCUCUCAUACUCAACCCCUGCUGCAGCUGCAGCAUCCCCUGCUGUAGCUGCUGCAUCAGUUCGCGUCGCAGCAGCACCCAGCAGCAGCUACGCCUUCGCAUGCAAUCAACAGAGUGUGCCUGCUUCUGCUGCUACUGUUCACGGUAUAAUGAAGAGGGAAGACUCCAACUGGCAGCAAGAAGAUAUCGAGACACUCUCCCCAGCAGCAGCAGCAGCCGCCGCAGGAACAGCUGGAGACGAGACAGCAACAGCAACACCACGUUCAGAAGCUGGUGGUGGGGCUUUAACACGCAACAUUGUUCUUUGUCUCCCUCCUCUUUAUCCCUCCCUCUUCUGUUCUUCUUUGCUGCGCCUUGAGGUGCUGCUCCGGCGCAUGCGCCACGAAGCUCCAACUUUCCCGGUAUUUACCUCCCCGGCAGCUCUAGGACACAACAGCAACAACAGCAGCAGCAGCGGCAGCAGCAGCAGCAGAAGCAGACUCUCCUUGCCUGUCUUUGUGGGGACAGACUCCCCACAAGAUGGAAUUCAAAGCCGCAGGUCCGUUCGUCCCCGUCGGCCCCACACGAACUUAAUAUUCGAGCUGCUGCACCGUGCUGCUGCUCCCCUGCAGCAGCAGCAACACCAGCAAGUGGACCUUGCAGUGCGGGAGGGAUUUGCUCUGGACAACCUUGCCGACUUCUUGGAACUCCUCAGCUACGCGCUAGAUUACCGUAGCAAACUGCUGCAGCACCAGGCAGCAGCAGCAGCAGCAGCAGAGAAGCAGCAGCAGCUCCUUCACCACCAGCAGCAAACUAUGGUGCAGCAGCCACAGCACAUGCAACAGGCGCAGCAGACGCAGCAGCAGCACCUCCUAUCAGACUGGCAAGCUCAGCAGCAGAUGCUGCGGACACGCGGAAGCCCCAGCAGCAGCAGCCCCGCAGCAACAGCAGACGCAGCAUCAGCAACAGCAGCAACAGGCUGCUUUUUCUCUUCCCUAGACAAUGCUGAACUCGUCACGGAGGCGCGCUCAGCGGAAGGAGACAGCUGGCUAUGGGGACCUCGAGGAAACUCCCUCGAAUGGCAGCAGCAACAGCAGCAGCAACGAGGAAGACCCGAUGCCGGUCCUCUUCUCGCAAAGAAUAAACUUUCCCUCUUUGAUAUUUGCGUCGAAUCAAAACUCUUUGCAAAAGAUGGGAUGCUAGCUUGUUCGUUCUUUGCCCGCCUUAGACGAUUGGUUGAAGGGGAGAGCAUUCCUGUAGGUAACGCCACGGCCAAUCGCGGCCUUAUGCUUGCACAUGAGGUGCUGCGGAGCAACCGCCUUACUCCUCUAGUCUUCGUUGCUCCCGAGUUGGGCAAAUGGUCGACAGUUGGAGGCCUCGGGGUGAUGGUCGAUGAGCUGUCAACAACGCUAGCCACUGAAUUUGGCCAAGAGGUCAUUGUUAUUUCUCCAUACUAUGACAGAAACAGGCAAGCAGAAAACCCAUUUCACAUCCCUACAACGCCGGGGUGUACGAACGUUCAGUUGUAUUUUAUUCACCACGCAUCGAUCUUCCCUCAACCUUACCCGGAGUUCUAUGGUAUUGAUGCUAUAAGAAUGCUCGUAACCUUUGCAAAGGGCGCCUUGGAGCUUUUGUGUCACGAACGCAUCAUCCCACAACUGAUAGUAACAAAUGACUGGCCUACUUCUUUAAUUCCAGCCUAUGCAAAAAAUGGAUUUUUUGGUUCAAUCUUUGACAACUGCACUUUCUUCCACAUCAUCCAUAAUCUAGACCCUAACUACGAAGGUCGCAUUUACAUGAACAAGCGGGAAGAUGCUUAUUGGCUGCAUCAACUCCCUACGGAGCUGCUGGUUGACCCUCUAUGGCACAACCACGUCGUCAAUCCUUCAAGAUGCGUGUUGCUGCAGUGUGACUCAUGGGGGACAGUGUCUCCUUCUUACCGCGCUGAGUUGCUGCAAGAAGGAGACGGCGGUGGUCAGAAUUCUCCUUUAGCUCCUCUGCUGAGGAGACACUCGAGUCCUUUUGCUGUCCCUAACGGCAUUCCUAUCCAGCGGCGGUUAGACGCCAUCGCUGCACUAGGGUUUAAAGACCAUUACGAGGCGAAAGCCGCACUGCAGCAAGAAUACUUUGGCAUGCAGAAGCCAGAUGAUGCAAUUCCUAUCUUUGCCUUUAUAGGCAGAAUCACAGAACAGAAAGGCGUGCAUCUUAUUCUGGAGGCAGCAGAAACCCUAAUCACAAAACACAGGGGACGCGUGCAGCUGCUGCUAGGAGGCAUGGCCAAUUGGAAGGAUGGAUACGCCGCCAGAUGCGCUACAAAGAUGAUGGAGCUGCGGUGGAAAUACCCGCAGAGCUUUUGGGCAGACCCUAACGAGUUCUUCACAAAGGGGGCGCACGUGAACUAUGGGGCGGAUUUUGGUUUAAUGCCUUCUGCAUUCGAGCCUGGAGGAAUAGUUCAGCACGAGUUCUUUAUUUCUGGCACUCCUGUCAUCGCCUUCCACACUGGCGGGUUGAAGGACACGGUGGUUGAGUUUGUCCCGUCUGCCGGCACGGGCAAUGGGUUUUCUUUUAUGAAUUACACUUCAGGGGAUUUGCUUUACGCCAUGGAGAGAGCCAUUAGAGUAUUUGACGACAAGGAGAAGUACACGAUGCUGCGGGGGCUGGCUCGCCGAUCUGUGGUGCAGCAAAUCUAUGAGUCUCUCCCAAAGUGGUCUGAGGGGGCCUGGAGGAAGAGGAAGGAACAACUUGCUGCAGCAGCGACUGGUGUCCCUAAUCCUGCUGGCAGCAGCUGGGGGCAGGAGCAGCAGCAGCAGCAGCAGCAGCAGGAGCAGCAGGGCGUGCUGCUGCAGCAGCAGGCCGAAGCAGCAGCAGCAUUUUGGGCAGUGCCGACCUCCGUAGCGAGCAAAAGCCGCACAAAGACAAGGCUGCGAAUAUACACCAGCAGUAGCAGCAGCAGCAGCAGCAGCGACAGCAGCAGCAGCAGCAGUGGGGAAGAGCCCUCUACUACCCGCAGCAGCAGCAGCAGCAGCAGCAGAACCACCACGGAUAAGGCAACUAGCCACCCUAGCAGAUCUAAAAAGCUUCUGCCAAGUGUUAUUCGCUACAUACCUCCUCAGGGCAAACCCAGACCACGAUCCGUCGCCGUUGCUGGGAGUUUCGACGACUGGCGUGUACGGCGGCCUCUGGCUUGGGAUAAUGCUGUCCAGGCCUUUUCUAUCUCCCUUGCGCUGCCUCCUGGAGAGUACACCUAUAAGCUCGUGGUUGAUGGCGAGUGGGUUUGCUGCUACGGCUCGCCAACAGCGCGAGAUGCUGGGGGCAAUGAAAACAACAUUCUAAAGGUUGAAUAG